AUGUUGUCUACCAAAGCAACCGCGUUACUGCUGUUCGCCAUCAUUGGUGUCUCAUUCGCCGAUUCGUUGCAAGGCAGAAGAAAUAAUAAUAAUCUAAAUAGUGAAUUAUGGUAUAAAGAUAAUCCUGAUUAUCAACAUUCGAUUAAUACUGCAUCACAGUAUGGACAAAAUCCUGGUCAUCAGAAUUCAGCGGCUGACACACGGCGGGAUGAUAGACAAAGUAAUCCUCAAAAACCGAUUUCUAACGGAUCACUGAACAAUCAAAGUCCUGUUAAUCAGAAGCCAGCGUUUAUCAAACCAUUUCCUGAGAUGAAACCGUUUAAGGUAACACCAGAUUUAAACAUGACGAUUAAGAGCAUUGAUAGUCAACGCCCAGCGGGUUCUGGGUCAAAGAACUACUUAGGAUCUAUAACUAUCCAGAAGGGCAAUACUUACAACACGGAUCCAAAUUCCACUAACAUUUAUGGAUCGGUCACUCACAUUUCCGGUUCGUAUCUAUCUCCUGCGGAUCAAGAACAACUCGAACGCGUAAACCAAGAAUCUCUUAACUCAGAUGAUUCAGACCCUAGACCAUAUCAGACAAAUGAUGGAAGAACUGUCAACGUUCAUGGAGCGGUAACCUAUCAAGCAAACACAAAUUAUCCAUCUCAGUCGCCCCACUCAACCCAGCAAUCGAUUAGAAGUAGUCAAACUGCCAGCACUCAGGAUCCCGCUCAAGAAUCUCCCGAAGCGCAACAAUUGAGAAAUCUGCUAACGAGAGUUGGCGAUCUUACAAGUGAAGUCCAGAACCAAAACGCUAAACUAAGGCGCAUACAAAGCUCUAUAAAUAUGAUCGAUCAAUUUGUACAGAGAAUUAAUAGUACAGUUUAUAAUUUGUGA